AUGAAGUCAGAACUAUCGUGCCGGGACGAUGAUACGAUCGACUUAGUUUUUGUUGAUAGAAAAAAUGACAGUACUGAACGUAUUUCGUUAGUUGAUGCGGGAGAUAAUAGUAAACAAAUGAGAAGAAUGGAUGAUGUCUCUAAAAAGGGACGCAAUGAAAGCAAUCAUACACAUGAAGAUAUGCAUAACGAAAUUUCUAAAAUCACUGAGAAUAAUGAUCGUAGCGUAGAACAAAGUAUUUUGACAAAUAACAAUAGCGAUAUCGGCGAGGGGAGAUCAUGCCUAAAAGGAGUUAAGGAAAUGAAUAAAAUUAGUAUUUUGAGAAAUUUUAACACGAGGAGGUCUGUACGAAGUGUCAGUGAAGUUAGCUCGACACUAAAUGAUGAUAGUGAUGAUUCUACUAUAUGUGAGGAUCCAGACGACUCAGAUUAUGAUGAGAUAUUAGAAAAGGUUGAAACUCAAAGUAAUGAGAGUGUUAAUUAUGAAUGCCAUACAAAAGAUUGCGAGCAUGUUACUCAAUCGCUUGUUGAUACUUCUUAUUACGACCAAUCUGGAACCGAAACUGAGAGUCAGAGUCACUCCAUCGAUGAAAACCAUUUUGCUCCAAUAAAGGAAGGUUGCGAUGACGACAGCGAUGCCAUUGGGGAUAGGAAAAUAUUUGUUUGCACUUCACCUGGAUGCAAUAAAAGUUAUACAUAUUUAAAGAGUUUUGUGAUUCAUCAACAAGCUCACAACGGGAAGAAGCCAUAUGUAUGUGACGAACCUGGAUGUGGCAGAGGUUUCAAUACCUUGAACAGCUUGAAAAACCAUGCGCGCGUGCAUAGUGGUGAAAAACCAUUUAAAUGUGAUUAUCCUAAUUGCCAAAAGAGAUUUACCCAUUUGAGGGGUAUGGCAUGUCACAAAAAACGUCAGCAUUCCGGCAAAACAGGUGGUUCGAAAGCUAAGCGGCGUAAAAUGAAGCGAUAA